AAUUGACAAGAAAAGCCCUGAAGUCAUCUUUCCUUCUUCUUUCUGUAGCUCUGAGAUGACAACAAACAUUUAGGGCUUUUCUUGUCAAUUCUAUAACUUUGCAAAGAAAGGUUGUGUAGAGCUGGAAGAUGUCUCAUUUUAAUCAAAAUCUCGCGAGCUACAGUUGUGACUUAUUUAGAAAAACUCUUGAGGGUUUUUGGAGGUUUCUGGAAAACCAGUUUUCCAGAAACCGGUUAGGAAAGGUCUAUGGGCAAAAACGGCUAUCAUAUUCGGAAUCAGCAUGGUCGAUUACCUAUAAACUAACGCAUUUCGUUAGAAAAUCGGUUGGACACCUGGAAAGGUUCCCUCGUUAGUGUUAUGAUACAACGGGUAACCUUAUUGAAAUUCACUGGAUAGCAAAGAAAAUUUCGUCUUUUCACUCAGCGUAUUGAAAGAAAGGGAGUUGUUGUACAUCAUAUAAAAGACAUCUUAUUUCACUAUAAAACAAGAAAAAACUCGAACCCAAAAAGUUUGAUUUUGUAUGGAGUAUGCCUAUUUUACGCUAUGGUGCGAAACUCAUAUGCGAAAAUAAUUACUUUUCAAAAAAUUAUUUUUCCGCUCAAUACGGUUUUUGUAGAGAAUUUCAAGACGUAUCUUGUAGUAUAUGAAUGAACUCAAAUAGAUGAAACAUGGCUAAGAAAAAUCGAAAAUAAAAAGUGACACAUUUUCACUGGGCCACCUGAUAUAUUUGUUUUUCAUAUAAACUUUUCUAGGAGCUUCACGACUGAUUAAUAUGUUACGUAGGAAUCUCAAAUACAAAUGGAACAUAGGUUACCGAUCACACUGAGUCUUGUGACAAUAUUUAACUUUAUUGAGAAAUUUAAAAAUCUAAUGCAAACCUACUCUAUUUUAAACUAAAAGACGGUCGUCACUCAAUCAAAUCGGUUCAAAACACUUCAGAAUAUACUUUGAGCUGCUUUAUAUCGAUUUGAUUUUGGAAUUUUGGAAUCUCAACGGAUUCUCCAAAGAUCCAAUGAACGGCGUAGUCCGAAGGCGUCCCUCAUCUAUCUAUCGAAAGUAAUUCAAAAUAGAUUAACUAGUUUAUUCUAUAUUAAAAUGCAUAGUAGUUACAGAUCUAAAACACAAUUUAUUAACUGACAGCAAGAGUUUACUUGUUCUUAAGCUAUUAAAAACCAGCAAGUUUAAAAAUGAUUAAUUUUUCAAAUGCCUUUACUUCGAAUGAGUGAAAACUAAUUUUAAUAUUUAGGUUAAAACAUUUUUAUCAUUAUCGAAAAAUCAAGUUGAACAUUUAGUUAAAAAACAAACGGUUCAAAAUAAUUUACAAAAAUCAAAGUGUGUUAAUAAUAUUGAUUUAGCACGUUUGCUAAAUAAUGUAUUAAAAUUAGAUCGUUUAAAACGUUUAACAGAAUUAUUACCAGCAAUUAAAAAUUAUCAAAAAUUGCAUCCGAUUACCACAUUUAAUACUCUAAAAGCACUCAAAUUAGAAUUUGAUUUGGAUCAUACUGAUAUGAAGUUUCUACGUGAUUUAAAAGUUAUUAGUGAUAUUUGGUAUAAACGUUAUUUAUUAUCACAUUCACAAGAAAUAAGCCAAAUGGAUCGUACUACAAUUGAAGAAGAAAAAGAAGGUAGUGGUAAAACUCUAUUUCCAGUUGGUGAAGUAAAAACACAUGAAUCAGCAGAUGAUAUAGAUGAAGAUCUACUACAUAUUGAACGUAAUGAAUAUUUUGAUCAACAACAAAAACGUCAAUUGUGGAAUGAAUUACGAUAUAAACAAAAAUUAAA